AUGGCCAUUACCUCCAUUACUGUCCCUCCUACCAUUAAAAAUGAGCUACAAUGGUUUCAUAAUGUGAAGGUUAAUUCUGCCGAAGUACGUCGUAAUGUCGACAUGGCUCGCAUUAUCAAAGAUAUCGCUGCAUUAUGUGAUGUAGAAUUCGAGGGGGAUAAUGUGAUGGAGGAGAAGAUUAUACCUCGUAAUGGAUGGCGCCUAUCCAUUGCUAUACUACCAUCUCAAGUAACCACUAGUGAUGAUAUAAAGGCUCUCCACGACACUAUCCAUAUGAGCAUGUUAGCAGCGUUUAUGGUGUAUCGUAUCGAUGGUAGUAAGAGGGAGAUGCAUAUUGGUCAGAUGGCAGUAGUACCAUCAUAUAGAGGAAUGGGAGUUGGAGGGGUUGCGAUCCGCUUAUUGAAGGAUAUGGCUAAGUCCGACAAAUGUCCCGUAGAUAAGGUCGUAUGCUCUAGUUUACCUAAGGCAAUUAGAUUUUACAAGAAGAAUGGUUUUAGGAAGAUACAUAAGGGAGAGAAUGGUAACUAUAAAGUAGGGGAUGAUGUAUGGGUUACACGUGAUGAUGAGCUUAUGUUCGAACUAGCCAAGAUAGAGGCCGUUAAUGAUAUAUCCCAUUUACCAUUAGUCAACGAACCUAUAGUUAAUGAUGUUAUUAAGAGGAGAUAUUUGGCUGAUCUAAUAUACACAGCUGCUAGGCCUAUGCUCAUAGCUGUUAAUCCAUUUCGUGAUCUCAAUAAUACAACAUCUGAUAUAGCUCAGUAUUACAGGAGAUUAUCAUCAUCAUCGUCCCACGUCGAAUCACACAUGGUGAAUGGGGUAUUGGAGGCAUGUAAUGGUAAUGUAUCGAUCCUUGUAAGUGGGGAGAGUGGUGCUGGCAAGACUGAGACUUGUAAGCAUCUAAUGAAGUUCUUCACAGAGCAGCCUGGUAGUGCUACUACUACUACUACCUCGCUUGAAGAGGAUUCCUCAUCACUAUGUAAUGCUCUUAUGGCCUUCAACCCUAUACUAGAGGCAUUUGGCAAUGCUAAGACCUCUAGGAAUGAUAAUUCUAGUCGAUUUGGCAAACUCGUGAAACUAUACUUAUCCCAACAUCCAGUUGUGGCAGGAGGACAGGUAUUAUCCUUCCUAUUAGAGAAGAGUAGGAUAUGCUUACAUGAAGAGGGUGAGCGUAACUAUCACAUAUUCUACCAACUACUACGUGGUGGUGGUUCCGAGAUAUUAGGACGGCUUGGCUUAAAUCCUCAGAAGGAAUCAUAUAAAGUAUUGAAUGGUAUAUUACCAAUAAUACCAGGAAUAGAUGAUGGUGGUGAGUACCAAGUUACUAUGAAUGCAAUGAUAACUCUUGGUAUACAUGAUACUAAGAGGCUUGACAUAUGUCGAGUAUUAGCGGCUAUACUGCACAGUGGUCAGAUAGAAUGGCAGCAGGCACAUGAUCAUACCAGUAAGGAUAACGAAUCAAACCCUUGUAUGCCCUCUGAUGAGAAUCGAUUCAUCCUCAUAGCCGAAUUACUAGGGCUUCCUUUUGAGGAUUUCCUGAAGGCUUUAACUGUACAGACUAGGCGUCUACCUGGCAAUAAUGUAGUACUAUCACCGGUAUCACCACAACAGUGUAGUGAUAAUCUAGCUAGUAUUAGUCGUCAUUGCUAUUCUAUUGUAUUCGAAUGGCUUAUCUAUAACAUCAACAGUAGCAUAUCACCUCAUAAGGAUACUAUGCAAGAGUGGGUAAGUGUAUUGGACAUAUUCGGUUUUGAAUCAUUCGAGCAUCGUAACUCCCUAGAGCAAUUCCUUGUUAACUUCGCUAAUGAGAGGCUACAACUAUGCUUUACUCAAAGAGUAUUUGAACUAGAGAAGAAGGGACUAUCGGGUGAUAGUCUGGCCUCGGAGGUUAUCAAUUAUGCACCUGUAGAGCCACUAUUAAGGGUAUUACAAGGCCCUAGCUAUGGAUGUAUAAGCCACAUCGAGAGUGCAUGCCUCUUACAGACGGGUACUGACCAAUCCAUUAUGAAUGCCUUUAGUAAGGCCAACUAUCCUCUACAACUGUUUACUACUGGUAUAAUGCAACAACAACAACAGAAGGCUAAAGGGACGGUAUCUAAGAAGGAUAAUCCCGCUGAUAUAUUUAUUAUACAUCAUACAGCUGGUAGUGUAGUAUAUAAUAUAAACGGAUUUAGAGAUAAGAAUAUGGACCGUUUGAAUGAUGAUCUACAUACCCUUAUAUCUCAUACAACUAAUGGUACUCAUUGA